AUGGAGCAUCGAAGAUCAAAAUUAUUAUUCUUCUGCAUUUUGUCAUGCUGUGUAAUUGCCAUUUCCGCGAAGAGUUAUUAUGAGAUUCUACAAGUGCCUAAAGGCGCUUCCGAUGAGCAAAUAAAGCGAGCCUAUCGAAAGCUUGCGUUGAAGUAUCAUCCUGAUAAAAAUCAAGGAAAUGAAGAAGCUAACAAGAGAUUUGCAGAAAUCAAUAAUGCUUAUGAAGUAUUGUCGGAUGGCGAAAAGAGGAAUAUAUACGAUAGGUACGGUGAAGAGGGUCUUAAACAGCAUGCUGCAAGUGGUGGUGGCAGAGGUGGGGGCAUGAAUGUUCAAGACAUCUUUAGCUCUUUCUUUGGUGGAGGUCCAAUGGAAGAGGAAGAGAAGAUUGUGAAAGGAGAUGAUGUGAUUGUUGAAUUGGAUGCGACGCUAGAAGAUCUAUACAUGGGGGGUUCUUUGAAGGUGUGGAGAGAGAAAAAUGUAAUAAAACCGGCCCCAGGAAAACGACAAUGCAAUUGUAGAAAUGAAGUUUAUCACAGGCAAAUUGGUCCGGGAAUGUUCCAGCAGAUGACCGAGCAGGUCUGCGAACAAUGCCCAAAUGUGAAGUAUGAAAGGGAAGGCUAUUUUAUCACUGUGGAUAUUGAGAAAGGCAUGCAAGAUGGUCAAGAAGUGGUCUUCUAUGAGGACGGUGAGCCCAAAAUAGAUGGUGAAGGUGGAGAUCUGAAGUUUCGCAUCCAUACUGCACCUCAUGAUGUCUUCACAAGGGAAGGAAAUGACAUCCGUACAACAGUUACAAUUACCUUGGUGCAAGCUCUCAUCGGUUUUGAGAAGACCAUUAAACACCUCGAUGAUCAUCUCGUGGAUAUUAGCUUUAAUGGUAUUACAAAGCCCAAGGAAGUAAGGAAAUUUAAAGGUGAAGGGAUGCCAUUACAUUUUAGCAACAAGAAGGGAGAUUUAUAUGUCACGUUUGAGGUUUUGUUUCCCACUUCACUAACGGAGGACCAGAAAACAAAGAUCAAGGAAGUUCUUGGAUAG